GCUGUCGGCUUCCUGGACACCUUCCUGGCGACCAGCGCGGCGCUGAGCGCGGCGGGGCUGAGCGCGGACCAGUGGCUGGCCCUGGGCUUCCUGCUGCGUUAUGCCCGGCGCCUGCGACCGCGCGACGCCCGCCUGCUGCUGGCCUACGCGUGGGGACACGCCGCCGUGCUCUGCCUCACGUCGCUCAAGGUGCUGCGGCUGGCGCGCGGCCACUGCCGGCGCAGCGACGUCGUCACCAUGCAGGCGCUGGCGCUGCUCGCAGAAGCCCGUGGGCACCGUCACCGCCAGCCUGCCCCAGGCGCACGCCCGCGUGUGGGGCUUCCCCGCGCGCUGCUCGUGGGCGUUCAUGUGGCCAGCUGGUGCGCUCCCCUGCGUCUCUGCCGCGUCUGCCUCCGCGUCUGCAUUUGCCCACAUGUGCCCACGGCGCGCAGGGAGCUUCUGCGGGGCGCCGUGACGUGUGCGCCGCCGGGAGAAGUGCGCAUCCGCCUGCUUGUGUGGCUGCGCUGCCUCAGCAAGCAGAAGAGGCACCACCAGUGGGCCACCAGGAAGAUCGGCGUCUUCAUCGGGCCCUGCGUCGUCUGCUUUGUCCGGUACGUCAUGACCGGGUGGGUUCUGGUGGUCGGGGCCCUGUUGUGGGAGCUGCCGGACACAGAAGGACAUCCUGAUAGAAGUGGCUUCUUGGAGGAGUUGAUGGCCCUCAGCCUCAAGGGGCUGGGUCAACUAUGGCCCAAGGAGAGGGACCGGGAGGUGGACACUGUCAUCCACUUUGUGGAGGAGGAGCCUGAGGCUCAAAGAGCUUGCACAGAGCCACCAGCUGGCUGGUGGAGCUCAGGCCUUUGUCUCAUGAGCACUCGCUGGGGUGUCCUAGACAAGUGCCUGGCCUACAGCAAGGUGGUGGCUGACCUGUCCAUGUGCUCCCUGCUCCGCUGGUGGCUCUGCCAAGUCCUGGCUGGCGUGGCAUGCCAGCUGCUGAGGAGACACCUGUGCCCGGUGACUGCCUGCAACAGCUCUCUGGAUGUGGAGAAUGACAUCUGCCUGCAGUGGACACACUGA